GGCGACACCGGGCUUCGACUCCGGCCGCGCCGCCCUCCGCGGCCGCCCCCUGGGGAUCCGAGCGAGAGGCGGUGAGUGCGGGCUGCGCGGUCAUCCUUGCCGGAAGGAACCAUGAAUUGGCAUUUUGCCUUCCUCCUCUUGGCUGCCAUGACUUUGCCGUCCAUCUGCUUCCAGUUCAGUCCUCUGUCUCUCGAGGAACUAGGCUCCGACAUGGGGAUCCAGGUUUUCAGUCAGAUCAUCAAGUCUCGGCCUCAUGACAAUAUCGUUGUCUCCCCUCACGGGAUCGCAUCAGUCCUGGGGAUGCUUCAGCUGGGGGCAGAUGGCAGAACCAAGAAGCAACUCACAACGGUGAUGAGAUACGGCGUGAAUGGAGUUGGUAAAGUAUUAAAGAAGAUUAACAAGGCCAUUGUCUCCAAGAAGAAUAAAGACAUCGUGACAGUGGCUAAUGCCGUGUUUGUUAAGAAUGGCUUUAAGAUGGACGUGCCAUUUGUGACAAGGAACAAAGAUGUGUUUCAGUGUGAAGUCCGGAACGUGAACUUUGAGGAGCCAGCCUCUGCUUCUGAUUCCAUCAAUAUGUGGGUCAAAAAUGAAACCAGAGGUAUGAUUGACAGCCUGCUGUCCCCAGAUGUUAUUGAUGGAGUGCUCACCAGGCUGGUCCUUGUCAAUGCAGUGUAUUUUAAGGGUUUGUGGAAGUCACGGUUUCAACCUGAGAACACAAAGAAGCGUACCUUUGUGGCCUCUGAUGGGAAGUCCUAUCAAGUGCCGAUGCUGGCCCAGCUCUCUGUGUUCCGAUGUGGGUCGACAAGCACACCCAAUGACUUAUGGUACAACUUCAUUGAACUGCCCUACCACGGGGAAAGCAUCAGCAUGUUGAUUGCGUUGCCAACUGAGAGUUCCACCCCACUGUCGGCGAUCGUUCCUCACAUCAGCACUAAGACCAUUGAGAGCUGGAUGAGCAUCAUGGUGCCCAAGAGGGUGCAGGUGAUCCUGCCCAAGUUCACAGCCGAAGCACAAACAGAUUUGAAGGAGCCGCUGAAAGUUCUUGGCAUUACUGAAAUGUUUGAUUCAUCAAAGGCAAAUUUUGCAAAAAUAACAAAGUCAGAAAACCUGCACGUUUCUCACAUCUUGCAAAAAGCAAAAAUCGAAGUCAGUGAAGAUGGAACCAAAGCUUCAGCAGCAACAACUGCAAUUCUAAUUGCAAGGUCAUCGCCUCCCUGGUUUAUAGUAGACAGAGCUUUUCUAUUUUUCAUCCGACAUAACCCUACAGGUGCUAUCUUAUUCAUGGGGCAGAUAAACAAACCCUGAAGCGUAUACAAAAGAAACCAUGCAAAGACUACUUUGCCAUGAAGAAAAGUCUCCUUUCCUACAUCUUUCAUAGUUCUGUUAAAUAUUUUUGUACAUUGCUUUCUUUUUCAAAACUAGUUCUUAGGAACAGACUCAAGGAUGUAAGCAUUUCUGUUCUGGAAGGUAUUCGAGGGGAAAAAUUCCAGGAUGGCUGAAACACCGAACUGAGGAAUGAGUAGAAAGGCUUCAAAAUGGCUAAAAGUUUCUUUAAACUACUGAACUGUUACCUAGGUUAACAACCCUCUUGAGUAUUUGCUGUCUGUCCAGUUCAGGAUUUUCGUUUUGUUUUGUUUAUAUGUGUGGCUUUUCAGAAGAAAUCAGUGUGACAGAGAGAAAAAAAAAAGAAAGAAAGAAAAAAAGACGUUUUAUGGUAGCUUUUACUUUUCUAUGGAAAAAAUAUUAUUUGCCUUUUCAAUUCUUUUUUCCACCCCCAUCCAAAGUCUUGAUAGCAAGCAUUAUUUUGGGGGUCAAAAUAGCAGAAUCUCUAGGCUCUUUGUGUGUUUUUGUUGUUGUUUUAUAUGAUGCAUGUAUUCACUAAAAUAAAGUUUAAAAAACUAACGUCUUGCUAGACAAGGUUUGCUGUUGUGCAGUGUGCCUGUCACUACUGGUCUGUACUCUUUGGAUUUGCAUUUUUGUAUUUUGUACAAAGUAAAAAUAAAGUGUUAUGAGUAGUAAAGAUUAAAAAAAAAAAAAA